AUGUUCCCGACGAGUACUGGCAUUCAUGUGGUCUCUGCCUUUUUUGCACUCUCAUGUGUGAUUGCUAGUCCUUUCGUCGUCCCUCGCGCAGACAACGAUGGUAUACAUCUCGCUGUCAGUCCUAACUGUGGCCCACUAGGAGGUAAUACGGCAGAUGUGAACGCUGGUAUUGAUCUAUCCAAGAUCAAGGCCAUCGUCUCCUUUGGUGACUCUUACACCGAUGGGGGAAAGCACGAUGGCUCUCCUCUUGACCCCCCUGUUCUCAUCCCUCCCAGUGCCUUCGCUGGAGGAAGGUCGACUGACGGCCCGGUCUGGAUAGAGUACAUCGCGGAUGACAUCGGCGCUAAAUUCAUGGAUUAUGCGGCGAGCACACUUCACCGCGCCGUGGUGAACAUAUCGCUAUGGCCGGACAACCCUUUGCCCCGAGAUUUCCUCCAGCAGAUGUCCAUAUUUCUGGGCCAGAAUAACAAUCUUGACUCGCACAGCACAUUAUACACCAUUUUCUUCGGUAUCAACGACUGGCUAGACUCGUUCAUCGACGGCGACCACCUCCCCGAAGCCGCCCAAGACCUCCUCGACCAAAUCGCCAUCCUCUCCAACCCACCCACCAACGGUCGCAACUUCCUCAUCACCGACGACUACGGCCGCGGAAACUCCAGCGCCACCGGUGACGCCUGGAAACAACAGAUCUUCGACGGUAUCUCCGCCUUCCAUUCGAAUAACUCCGUUGGAGGAGCGAACGUUUCUGCGCCCUUGAACGUCGCAUUUGGCGAUUUCGCGACGAUAUGGGAUGGCGUGUUGGGUCCGGAUCCGGGAUAUGAGGCAUUUGGGUAUACGAGUACGGGUUAUUGUGUAUUUGACGGGAGUACGACGGACGAUCUGUGUCCAGACCCCAAGCAUACUUUUUAUUGGUUCGACGGGCAUCCGUCGAACGAGACGCAUCGUAUCAUGGCGGAUUAUGUCGAAGAAGUCCUCAGCAACUGUGUCGUCUCCUAA